CGGAGGACAGGCCGGCUGGUGGCGGCGACGUCAGGUGAGGAAGCGCGAGCGAGCGCGGGUGGGCAACGGUCAACGGGGAACGGGCAACGGUCGCUGGGUCGCGAGGCGAGGAAAAGAUGGAAAAUCUUCAUUUCAGCUCUGAGGUUACAGAUACCGUAACAUUCCAUAUUGGUGAGGAGAUGAAUAAAGAGGGUGUGACAACGGUGCUCCAAGAAUCCCAACCUCAACAACAGCAAAUGCUGUUUGGAACAGAAAAUAUCGACCUCAGUGGUGAUGCAUUUGUAUCUAAGCCCACAGAUAAAAUACCCGAGACCUGUCAGAUGAAUCUGAUGGACAAGCUUAACGAACAGAUGAUGGAGAGUGUAAUAAUAUCUGACUCACCGAGUAAUAGUGAGGGUGAUGUAGGAGACCUGGCAAUCCUGCGUGACUGUGAAGAGGCUUUAGAUAUGGAAUGUGGUGAUGUUCGGUCAGUAGGUUCGCAGAAGGAGGAUUAUAAAGAGGCUUCUGCUGAAGAGAACCAACCUCUUACACCUAUUAUCAAUACUAAUGAUGACAGGACUCCAACACAGGAAGAAAUGUCUGCCCCACAGAAUCUGGAGCUUGCAGUCGAAUCAGAAGAAGAGCUUCAAGUAACAACAGAAAGUCUUGAAAAUGGACAAGAUGGCCAAGUUGAAUUCAAAUUGCAGGAGAAACAAGGUCCAAUGUCAUUAGAAACUCUUUUGGCAAAGGAUGAAAAUCUACCAGUAUGCAAUAUUUUUAAUCAGGACAAGCAAGCGAAAGACCAGAUUAUUACUCCUUUGAAAGCAGAUGGCUAUGAACCUCAGAUGGUAAAAUCUCCUAGUUUUGGAACAAUUAUUGAUACUCCAAGUAAGCCACCACUAUUUGGAGUUCAUCCUAGCCCUAGCCUAAGCAAAUUUUUCACAGAUGAUGCCAGUUCAAGUUCAUCGGCAGCUGAAUUUUUUGACUCCUUUACAUCAACAUCUUUUAUUUCUGUUAGUAAUCCAAAUGCUAGUGCUUCAGUACCUGAUCGAUUGUCCUCACUUUCUAGUCCAGUGUUGGUCAGUCCUUCCAACUCCACAAGCCAAACUUUCAUUGUAAGAAAUAGUGUAGCACCUUCAGCGUCAUCUUCUGAAAUACCUCUGUCGCCCAAGCCCUUCACUCAGCUCCAAGCAGCAUUUGCAGGAAAUGAUGAUCCCUUUGCAACAGCACUGAACAUGAGUGAGGUAGACAGACGGUAUGAUGCUUGGCUUCCAUCUGAAGAGACUAGGAAAAUCCUAAUUUCUGUAGCUACGCAACAGUUCAACACAGUUUUUAUUGACAAGGAAAGAUUAACCAUGCCUGGCCUGAAGUUUGACAACAUACAAGGUGAUGCUGUCAAGGAAGUAAUGUUGCGGUUUAUGGGAGAACAGGCUGCAAUGAAGAGACAAGCUUUGACUGCAAAUGCUGUAGAGCAAUCCUUUGUGGGGCUCAAGCAAUUAAUAAAUACUAAAAAUUGGCGCGCUGCUGUUGAUCUCUGUGGUAGAUUACUGACAGCACACGGUCAAGGCUACGGAAAAAGUGGUCAACCAACAAACCACACGACAGAUUCUGUGCAACUGUGGUUUGUGCGACUAGCCUUGUUGAUGAAGCUGAGUUUAUUCCAAAAUGCUGAGAUGGAAUUUGAGUCAUUCGGGAACCUCGAUCAGCCAGACUUGUACUACGAAUACUAUCCUCAUGUGUAUCCUGGACGCAGAGGGUCCAUGAUACCAUUUUCUAUGAGAAUCCUUCAUGCAGAACUGCCACAAUAUGUGGGGAAGCCACACGAAUCAUUGGACAGGCUGCAUUGCCUGAAAGUAAUAUGCCAAAAGGUUCAUGAUAAUUUGGAAAAUGGGCUAGCUGAAGAUGGAAGCAUGAUCAGCAUAUCCUCAGAGAACAGACAAGCUUCUAUGCAGUUGUGGAGGUCACGUCUGGGGCGUGUGAUGUACUCCAUGGCAAACUGCCUGCUGAUGAUGAAGGACUACGUACUUGCUGUUGACAUGUAUCUCUCAGUCAUUCAAUACCAACCAGAACAAGAGCCUCAGCUUUUAAGUGGAAUAGGAAGACUACUUUUGCAGAUUGGUGACAUCAAAACAGCUGAGAAAUAUUUUCAAAAAGUUGAAAAAAUGGUUCCAAAGUUAGGAAGUGAACUUCAACAGAGUAUAAUUAUUCAGAUGAACAGGGCAUUCCUGCACCUUGGUCAAAAUAACUUUGCUGAAGCCUAUAAUUUUUUCAACGAAGUUACCAAAUUAGAUCCAAGCAAUCCAGUGGCAAAUAACAAUGCUGCGGUAUGCUUACUAUACUUGGGCCAAUUGAAGGACUCCCUCAGGCAGCUGGAAGGACUUGUACAGCAAGAUCCCAAGCACUACCUGCAUGAAAGUGUGCUUUUUAACCUGACCACAAUGUAUGAGCUGGAAUCAUCUCGCAGCAUGCAAAAGAAACAGAGCUUGCUGGAGUCGGUGGCCUGUCGUGAAGGAGACAGCUUUAAUGUUCAGUGUCUAAAACUAAUGUGAAACCAUCCAUGUUCUCCAGUUUGUAAUUAAUUAUUGUAACUUAAUCUGUAAAUAUGUAAAUAUUUUAAAGAUCUUUACCUACAGCUGAUUGUUGAUAUUGCAGGUAAAUAAUCUUUUCUCUUUCACAACCAGCAUCUGUUAGGGAUAAGGGAACAAUUUGAAUUUCAAUUACCCCCGCCUGUGUUUGUAUUUUUAUUUGCUCCGACUGCCCAUGCAGACUGACCAGAUCUGUUCUAAGUGGAUGGUUAGAUGUACAAGAAUAAUGUUUUUUUUUGGUUUUAAAUAAAUGCCAUAUAAUCACAUGGAAUUUAUUAUUACAUUAGACCCAAACAGCAGAUAUGCACCUAAAAGGAAGUAACUUCACCCCAUCAAGCUCAUGCCUACCAUCAAGUAUCCAUCUCUACAAAUUCUAUUUUAUUCUCUCCACGUUACUGUCAACAUUCCCCAGAUUCUACCACACAUACACAUUAGGGGUCAUUUACAGUGGCCAUUUUAUUUACCUGUCAGCAUAUCUGUGUUAUGAUGAAAUAAACCAUCCAUGGAUCUGCAGGAAACCCCUGCUAUCGCAGGCAGCACAAAAGUCAGGAUUAAACCAGAACUUAGAGCUGUGAGUUAGCUGUUUUAUGGGAUAGCUGAAGGAUGGAAGGAGCUUCGGUGGAACAUAAACAACUGUGUGGAAAAGUGGGGCCCACUGGCCAACUUGUUUAUCUAACAUUCUCUAGAGCUAAUUACCAGUUAUGCAAAGCCCCAUAUUUCCUCAAAGGAAAUGUUGCAACUUUAUAUAACAUAAAUGUAUUGGACUGUUUACCAUCACACACAUAUAUCAAAUGUUACUUCACAGUCCAGGGAAAAAACCCUGCUAAUACUGAAAAUUAUAAAAUGUUGUAGAUAUGUUGCAUGUCGGGCAGCAGCAACAGUAGGAGAAACAGGGAAUCAUCAAUCGGGCACUGUUUGUGGGUUACAAUUUCACUUUAGAUCUCUUUUUUGUAUGCUGCUAUUAGUUCAAUGGACAAUAUGAAAUAAAAUAGUCAACUCCCCUGUGAUAUGUUGUUGUGCAUAUCAAAGCAUCUUUCAAAAGAAGACAAAGUAAAGAAAAAAUACUUUUACUGUUUUAUGUUUGAUUUUUCCUCAUCCUGAUGAAAAUGGCAUUGUAAUUGGCCCACUAUUUUCAGCAUUUUCUGCUUAUUUCUAGAUUUCCAGCAUCUACAGUAGCAUGUUGGUAUUAUUCAGACAAGUUUUUGUUAAAAUCCUGGAAUUUAACAUCGAUACCAUCAGCACAUGGACCAUGAUCACGGAGAUGGUAAUGGAAGCAAUGGAACCCAGGGAAGAGAGCAGUAAUGUUUUGAAACAUUGGUAUUACAAAAGAUGAAGUACUGGCAGUCUUAAAGUUCAUAAAGCUGGAUAAAUUCCAAAGAGCCUGACCAAAUGUAUCCUCAGACAUUGUCGGAAGCUAGGAAAGUAAUUGCAGGGACCCUGGCAGAAAUAUUUGCAUAAUCAUUAAUCUCGGGUGGCUACUGUUAUGCAUUAAUUUAAGAAAGUUUGCAAAGACAGGCCAGAUAAUUACAGGCUAGUGGUGAGAAAGUUACAGAAUGAAUCUGAGAGAUGGCAUUCUAGCCUAGCCUCUAACUUUUCACCCUCUGGCUUAUCAAGAAUCUCCCUACAUCUAUUUAAAAAUAUUCAAAGUUUCUGCUUCCAUUGCGCUGAGAGAAAUGUGCUCAGUUGUCUGAGA